AUGGGAAAUAAGAUCUCCCUUGGGAAAUGUGUUAUUUAUUGUGGCUUUCCCGGCCAGCGAAAGAAGACGAAACAAAAGGAAGUAGAGCAGCGGAGGAAAGAAGAGGAAUUAGAGCGAUACGAAAUUUGGCUUCGGGCUGAGAAGUUUAAAGCAGAUUUCCCUGAAUAUUGCAUUAAAGCAGGCAUUGCACCAUCGUCGCUAGUUCCGAGCGCACAUCAUUCGGAGCAAACAUCGGAAGAAAGUCGACGCACUAAG